GUAUAUUAAAGUUGAAGCUGUGGAUAUAAACUCUACGACAAAAGUACCAAAUGACAAGAUCUCAUCGCCUGUAACUAUCAAAUUUGAACAUUUUGAAAAGGCAAAGAAAGACAAUAUUGUUGCAGUUUUAGACAUUG